ACACGAUCAUCUCCAUCCCAAUAAUCCCAUCACAUUCCAUCCCAUCACGUCCCAUCCUACCCUACCUAUCUUAUCCAAUACCUCAUCUCCAUCGCAUCUACAUCCAUCUACUCCUUCUCCUUAAUCCUUCUUACCCUCUGCUCAGCCACAUAUCAUUGCUGCACGCUACCAGUGUCGUUGCUCCAGCUCCUGCAUGACAUGCUCUUACGCCAAUUCGCGUUAUAUAACCCACCAAACCACCUCCACCAGCCUCACAAUGCUGCCUGUUGGCCUUAAUACCUCCUGCCCCAGAUCGCUCUAACCUCUCUCCCCUUUUUUGAUAUCCCAUAUAUUCUGUACGCUCUCAUAGUCCAUCAUUAUGGCUGUUGCUAUGGACGACAACAAACUACGCCAAUUAGAGCGUCAGUUUAAACUACGUGUCAAGACAGGUUGCGAAACGUGCAGGAUACGGCGUGUAAAGUGUGACGAGACAAAACCAGAAUGUAAUCGUUGCACAAAAACUGGCCGCAGGUGCGAGGGAUACAGGCAUGUUGCCAGAACAAACAAUAGCAGUGCCUCUUUGGCUGCCUCCAUUCGAAAUUCAUCUUUCUUAGUCGUCCCGCAAAGACCAUCUGUUGCGAUUAUUCCUCGAAAUCCUUCAAGGAGUCUCUCGCCCGAAGCUUCUGAAAAUCGCUCCUUCUUCUACUUCCAGAACCACACUCUGCCAAAGUGGACUGAGUUCUUCGAUUCGGAACUGUGGAGCCAAAAGAUAUUGCAAUUAAGUCAUUCCGUGCCGGCCAUCAAGCAUGGAGUCCUGGCUUUGAGUACGUUGCACGAACGUUUCGAGAGCACUACGCCAAUUUUCAGCACUCAGUCAAGCGAUUUUGCUUUUGCUCAGUACGCCCAGGCUGUGUCGCACUCCAAUGAUCUACUGACUGCCCACCAACGGGGCAGGGUCGACUUGGAGAAAGUACUGAUAGCAUGCGUUAUUUUCGUCUGCUAUGAGAACUUGGCUGGCAACUACAGGCAGGCGAACAUGCACCUUCGAAAUGGACUGCGAAUAUUUUCCCAACACAAGCUUAAGCUGCAAGGGACACCGGCAGAAGAUGCCAUUGCCAAUGUUCUUUAUCGAUUCGACCUACAAGCAAUGACGUUUUCCGAUAAUGCCUCACCGUACGAUUACCGUCUCGAUGAUCCGCCUGAGUGUCCACAAGUGCCGCACAUGUAUACUGAAAAUGCUACCGCCCGGAACGAUCUUGUGGGACUUCUUCGAUGUAUGAUGUGGAUCUCAGGCGUGGCCAACAUCAACCCACAUGCACCCGAGCAUCCAGUUUGGUUACAGAUAUAUACCCGCUUGAUGGGCUCGUUCGAAGCAUGGGAGUCUACUUUCAGUGUCUACCAGCAAAACGUUCCGCCUCAUGAGCAAGGUAACCCCAAGAUCUACGCGGGCAACACGUUGUUGAAAAUAUACGCAAUCAUGGCUCGAAUCGUCGUAGCAGCAGGUGCUGGUUUAAGAACAGAACUAUCAUGGGACUCGUUCGAUGAUUCGUUCAAGACCAUCAUUGACCUAGCAGAGACUCUACCGGUUCUCAACCCUACCCAGUCCCGAUCUUCAUCGCAUGCCUCAUCUUCCCCGCCAGGGGAUAGUCCUGGGAACGCGACAGCUCUGCCAACGAGGACCCGCAACAUUGCCCCCAACCCAGCCACCACCUCAACCACGCCAUCUCCAGGCGCUUCCGCGUUUUCUUUGUCUUCAGAGCCAUCCCCGCAACUGCGCUCGCCUACACCUGGUGAAACCCCCGGUGGAUCGAAAUCCAAAAAGAAGCCUUCAUCAUUCUCUCCAUCUUUCGAACUCUCCCCUAUCGUCCCUCUGUUUGUAACAGCCUGUCGAUGUCGGGAUCCGGUUUUACGGAGGCGAGCAAUUGCCGUACUUCUAAACUGCAGGAGAAGGGAGGGCGUCUGGGACUCGGUGGGCGCGGGCAUGGUCGCCUUGCAAUGCCUCAAGUUAGAAGAAGGUAUAGGCGAAUUGGUCGAGCUAGGGCCCGAUAAUUGGUUGCCCCUGAGUCCGAAAUGUAGAGAUGCAGCCGACAUUCCUGAGAGGAGACGAGUACAGGACGUCUUCGUUUCAGUCAAUGCGCCCGAGCGGCAAAUAGGUGUGAACUACCUACUGCGGAGUGGAGAAAGUUUCGAUCGGUAUGUGAAAUUCUGACCUCGUGCUGCACGCAGUACAUACACUAGACCGCUACGGUUGCACUGUUCUGGGCUUUUGUUUCUUGUUUGUUCCUUUGAAAGCGUUGCAUGAUAUCCAUACUUCUGUGUCGAAAUGAACUAUAAUGUCUUUAUCGCUGCAUGCCUAAUCCAAUCAUCUGGCCUGUUCAGUAAAUGUAUUACCCUCCUAAGAUGUAUUAUUGCCCAUCUUCACCGAUUGCGUCCACAUUUUCAUGUACAAUAUAGACUGCA